CUUUAGCUACUGGUCUGCAGACAUUUCCUUCUUCUUCUUCUAACUUCCUCUCCUGUGACAAAAGAGAUAAUUAUUAGAGAAACAAAAGUCCAGAAUGCUAAGGUCGCCACUCUCACUUCCUCUCACCCUUUACCCAGCGCUGUUUUGAAUACACCAAUUGCUGUGGGGCACUGACUCCAGGAAGAGAAGACACCAACGCUUCAGAAUCUCUGCGCGGUCAGACGGUGAUAGCCAGCCACACGUUCACGGGGCCACUGCUGCUCACAGAAGCAGUGAGGAUGAUGCCAGGAUGAUGCCUGCUUCAUGCCUGGCUGGGGCUCUGAUCCCAGCCAUGGCCUUCCUCUCCUGUGUGAGACCAGAAAGCUGGGAGCCCUGCGUGGAGGUAUGUGGCUGGCGUCAGCUCCUCUGAACUUUCCCUGGCUUCUGCCCAGAACUUCAUACUGUGUGCUCUGGUUUGUUUAUUUUUGCAAAAAAGAAUUAAAUUACCUUAAAGAUUCAGGAAGCCACGGAGAUCCACUAAUUCAUUGUUGGAGGGCACUAAAGGCAGCCAGUGGGGGUUUGUUCCAUUUGCAACUUUUGAGUGCUAACAGGGGCUUAGAUUACGUAGAUCUGCUUAAGAUCCCUGCUCUGCUACCUUGUGGCUGCUUGAAGAAAUAAACCUCUCUGAGACGAGUUUUCACAUUUAUAAAAGAAUUUUAAUAAUACUUUCUUCACUAGAGAGUAAGCAGAUCGCUUCUGCGUCAUUUUUUCCCCACUGGUGGUCUUUACACAGAGCUUCAAGCAGUCAUCCUGCCCCUUUCAAUCUCAGGAUGAUGGCUUGUUUGUGACUCAAGAGAAAGAACUUUCUAGGUGGUUCCUAACAUUACUUAUCAAUGCAUGGAACUGAAUUUCUACAAAAUCCCCGACAACAUCCCCUUCUCAACCAAGAACCUGGACCUGAGCUUUAACCCCCUGAGGCAUUUAGGCAGCCAUAGCUUCUUCAAUUUCCCAGAACUGCAGGUGCUGGAUUUAUCCAGGUGUGAAAUCCACACAAUUGAAGAUGGUGCAUAUCAGAGCCUAAGCCACCUCUCCACCUUAAUAUUGACAGGAAAUCCUAUCCAGAAUUUAGCCCUGGGAGCCUUUUCUGGACUAUCAAGUUUACAGAAACUGGUAGCUGUGGAGACACAUCUGUUAUCGCUAGAAAGCUUCCCCAUUGGACAUCUCAAAACUUUGAAGGACCUUAAUGUGGCUCACAAUCUAAUCCAAUCUUUCAAAUUACCUGAGUAUUUUUCUAAUCUGACCAAUCUAGAGCACUUGGACCUUUCUAGUAACAAUAUUCAAAAUAUUUAUUGCAAAGACUUGCAGGUUCUACAUCAAAUGCCCCUACUCAAUCUCUCUUUAGACCUGUCCCUGAACCCUAUAAACUUUAUUCAGCCAGGUGCAUUUAAAGAAAUUAGGCUCCGUAAGCUGACUUUGAGAAAUAAUUUUGAUAGUUUAAAUGUAAUGAAAACUUGCAUUCACGGUCUGGCUGGGUUAGAAGUCCAUCGUUUGGUUCUGGGAGAAUUUAGAAAUGAAAGAAAUAUUGAAGACUUUGACAAAUCUGCUCUGGAGGGCCUGUGCAAUUUGACCAUCAAAGAAUUCCGAUUAGCAUACUUAGACAACUUUCCAGAUGAUAUUAUUGACUUAUUUAAUUGUUUGGUAAAUGUUUCUUCAUUUUCCCUGUUGAGUGUGUAUAUUAAAAGAGUAGAAGACUUUUCUUAUAAUUUCAGAUGGCAACAUUUAGAAUUAGUUAACUGUAUAUUUCAACAGUUUCCUCCACUGAAACUCAAAUCUCUCAAAAGGCUUACUUUCAGUAAAAACAAAGGUAGGAAUCAUUUUGCAGAAGUUGAUCUGCCAAGCCUUGAGUUUCUAGAUCUCAGUAGAAAUGGCUUGAGUUUCAAAGGUUGCUGUUCUCAAUCUGAUUUUGGGACGACCAGCCUAAAGUAUUUAGAUCUGAGCUUCAAUGAUGUUAUUACCAUGAGUUCAAACUUCUUAGGCUUAGAACAACUAGAACACUUGGAUUUCCAGCAUUCCAAUUUGAAACAAAUGAGUGAGUUUUCAGUAUUUCUAUCACUCAGAAACCUCAUUUACCUUGACAUUUCUCAUACUCACACCAGAGUUGCUUUCAAUGGCAUCUUUAAUGGCUUGUUCAGUCUCAAAGUCUUGAAAAUGGCUGGAAAUUCUUUCCAGCAAAACUUCCUUGCAGAUAUCUUCACAGAUCUGAAUAACUUGAUAUUCCUGGACCUUUCUGAGUGUCAACUGGAGCAGUUGUCUCCAACAGCAUUUGACUCACUUCCCAGACUUCAGAUACUAAAUAUGAGCCACAACAAGUUCUUUGCAUUGGAUACAUUUCCUUAUAAGCAUCUCUACUCCCUCCACGUUCUGGAUUACAGUCUCAAUCACAUAGGGACUUCCAAAAAUCAGGAACUACAGCAUUUUCCAAGUAGUCUAGCUUUCUUAAAUCUUACUCAAAAUGACUUUGCUUGUACUUGUGAACACCAGAGUUUCCUGCAGUGGAUCAAGGACCAGAGGCGGCUAUUGGUGGAAGUUGAACGAAUGGAAUGCGCAACACCUUUAAAUAGGAAGGGCAUACCUGUGCUGAGUUUGAAUAUCACCUGUCAGAUGAGUAAGACCAUCAUUGGUGUGUCAGUGCUCAGUGUGCUUGUGGUAUCUGUUGUAGCAGUUCUGGUCUAUAAGUUCUAUUUUCACCUGAUGCUUCUUGCUGGCUGCAUAAAGUAUGGUAGAGGUGAAAACACCUAUGAUGCCUUUGUUAUCUACUCAAGCCAGGAUGAGGACUGGGUAAGGAAUGAACUAGUAAAGAAUUUAGAAGAAGGGGUGCCUCCUUUUCAGCUCUGCCUUCACUACAGAGACUUUAUUCCCGGUGUGGCCAUUGCUGCCAACAUCAUCCAUGAAGGUUUCCAUAAAAGCCGAAAGGUGAUUGUUGUGGUAUCCCAGCACUUCAUCCAGAGCCGCUGGUGUAUCUUUGAAUAUGAGAUUGCUCAGACCUGGCAGUUUCUGAGCAGUCGUGCUGGUAUCAUCUUCAUUGUCCUGCAGAAGGUGGAGAAGUCCCUGCUCAGGCAGCAGGUGGAGCUGUACCGCCUUCUCAGCAGGAACACCUACCUGGAGUGGGAGGACAGUGUCCUGGGGAGGCAUAUCUUCUGGAGGCGACUCAGAAAAGCCCUGCUGAAUGGUAGACCGUGGAGUCCAGAAGGAACAGUGGGUGCAGGAUGCGAUUAGCAAGUAGCAGUAACUAUCUGAAGAGGGAAAAAACAAAAAACAGCUUCUGAGGCAUUUCUUGCCCAGCUGGGCCCAACACUUGUUAAGUUAACAAGUAUUAAAUGCUGCCUCAUGCCAGGCAUUAUGCUAAGGACAAGUAAUUGUAUGGCUCACAAGAUACAUGGGAAUGCAAAUCUCAUGGCACCUCCAGUGCAGACGGAAUAAAUGCUAGACUAAAAUACAGAGUGUUCCAGGUGGGCAUUUCAACCAAGUCAGCCAAGGAACCCAUGACAGAGAAAGUCAUUUCAACUCUUACCUCAUCAAGUUGAAUAAGGACGGAGAAAACAGAAAGAGGCAUUGUUCUCCUGAGUCUUUUGAAUGGAAAUUACAUUAUAUAUUAUGUUAUAGCCAUCAUAAAAACCAUUUUGGUAGUUUUGACUGACUGAACUGGGUGUUCACUUUUUCCUUUUCCAUUGAAUUUAAAUUCUACUUGAUGACUCAUUGGGCUCCUGAUGCAAGAUGCACCUUCCAUUUUAAGUCAGUUUCCUUACAGAGGUUAAAGUUUAGUGGCUAAUUCCUAAGGAGACCUAAUUAACACAUGCUCACAAUCAUCCUGGUCAUACUUGAGAAUGCUCUGUUUUUUAACUAACAACCCCUGAUGUAUUUUUAUUUUUAUAUAUCCAGUUUUUAUUUUUUAAUGUCUUUAAGCCAAUAUCAUAAGUAAGGUUGUUCAGGAUGUGCUUCGAAUAUCCAUAUUUAUUUGACCACCAUUUUUUAAGGAAGCACGUAAAGUACACUCUGUCACUUUGUCAUUCAAUGUCAUUCCAAAGUUAAUGCCUCUUAAGUUAUGACUGUCAUGAAAGCAGUGUUGAAAUAAUUUGUAUAACGGUACUUUUUUUAAACAGGGAAAGAAAAUUUCCACUUCCUGGUCAUAUCAUGUACAAUUUGGGCAAGGAAGGAAGAGGGAUGACCUCAGGAGGUCACCUUUUCUUGAUUCCAGAAACAUAUGGGCUUAUAUACUUGGGGUGACCCCAUAAAAUGAGUUGCAGCAGAAUUUUUUUUCAGAACAAUUGAUGUUUAAUGGACCUCUGAAUCUCUUCAGGGAGAAUGGAGGGCUGGGAUCCUUCCCCUGCACCUCCUCACUGCCAGGAGAACUACUUGAGAUGGGAUUCAAUGCAGGGAGUACAUACAUUGUUGCUUCCUGUUGGGCACUGCUCCCUGACCACAUUUUGGGAAGAGUGGAUGCUAUCAUUGAGAAAACAAUGUGCCUGAGAUUAAUGGGGUUCAUUCGUAUAAAGAGAGUUCCCAGAAAAAAAAUGUUCAUUCAUUCUCCCCAGAAACAGAAUAUUCAAGAAAAGGACAAUGAGGACAUCAUCAGGAAAAUGAAAAUAAAAACCGCAAUGAGAUAUCACCUUAUACCAGGUAGAACGGCUGCUAUAAAAACAAAGGGUCACCAAGGAUAUGGAGAAAUUGGAACCCUUCUACAUUGUUGGAGGGAAUGUAAAAUGAUGUACCCAUUAUGAAAAACACUGUGGAGGUUUCUAAAAAAUUAAAAAUAAAACUACUCUAUGAUCCAGCAAUCUCACUUCUGUGUAUAUACCCAAAAUAAUUGAAAUCAAAAUUUCAAGAAAAUAUUUACACACCCAUGUUCAUUGCAGCCCUUUUCACAAUCACUGUUUCCAAAGUUAUGGAAACAACCCAAAUGUCCAUUGAAAAAUAAAUGGACAAAGAAAGUGUGCACAAACAUAUAAUGGGAUCUUAUUCAGCCUAUAAAAAAGGGGGAAUCCUGCCAUUUAUGACACUAUGGAUAAACUUGGAGGUCAUCAUGCUAUGUAAAAUAAGCAAGUAACAGAAAGACAAAUACUGCCUGAUUUCACUUACAUGAGGUACUAAAAUAGUCAAACCCAUAGAAGCAGUGAAUAGAACAGUGGUUCUUAGGGAAAAAGAGGAAGGGAGAAAUGAGGAAAUAGGGAGUUUUCUAAUUGGUAUAAAAUUAUAGUAUGCAAGAUGAAUUAGCUCUGAAGAUCAGCUGUAUAGCAGAGUUCCUAUAAUGAACAAUACUGUAUUAUGCACUUAAAAUUUUGCUAAGAGGGUACAUCUCAUGAAGUAUAUUUACCAUAUGCACUUUUGGUAAUACAUGGUAUAUAUUACCAUAUAGUUGGUAUAUAUUUCCAUUACAAAAGGAAACUUUUGGAGGUGACAGAUAUAUUUAUCACCUUGAUCAUGGUGAUGGUUUCACAGGGAUAUGACUAUGUCUAAACUCAUCAAAUUGUAUAUAUUAAAUAUAUGGAGUUUUGUAAUAUCAACUAUAUCUGAAUGAAACUAUAAAAAAGGAAAGACAACAAAACUCAAUUGUCAAAACUGGAACUAUGAGAACACUCAGAAGUGAUAUUUUACAGAGUGUGUCAGAGUGUGUUUGGUUUGAGCAUGUCUAGGGUGAUUGAACAUCCCUGGAUGUGUUUCUAUGUCUCAUGUACUAGUGAAAGAGAAUGUAUGCAUUUGCACAACAUAUGCCUUUGAACAACAUACACCUGUGUGUCCCGAUCAGGGUUGUGUGUCCCUAUCAGGGUUGUGUGUAUUUGGAAGUGUGUGACCAUAUCUGUAUAGAGGAGAGUGUGAUUAUACUUCUUGAAGAAUAAAUGCAUUUGAAGUAGAUGUCUAUGGCUGUUUGAGAUGGGUUCCCUACUCUUGUGGUGCUUUUACAGUAGUCUCACCUUAUCCCUUAUCCUUGGUGGCUAUGUUCUCAGACCCCAAGUGGAUCUCUGAGACCCCAGAUAGUACCAAACCCCAUAUAUGCAGUACUUUUUCCUAUACAUAAAUAUCUAAGGUAAAGUUCAUUUUAUGAAUUAGGCACAGUAAGAGAUUAACAACAACAAAUGAUAAGUUGAAUAUAACAAUGUAUUAUGAUAAAAGUUAUGUGAAUGUGAUCUCUCUCUCUUGCUGCCUCUCUCAAAACAUUGUACUAUACUCUCCUGUUUUCAGACCAUGACUGACCAUGAGUAACUGAAACCUGGGAAAGUGAAACUGUGGGUAAGGAAGGAACUAACAUACAUACAUGUAUCAUUGUUUAUCUAUAGAUGUAUGCAUCAGUUUCUAAGUAUGCUUGAAAAUGUGUGAUUUUGUGUGCCUGUGCUACAUUUAAGUGCAGCUCUAUUCAUAUUUGAAUGUGAAUUAUGUAUAUUCAUAUUUGAAUAUGAAUUAUGUGUAUGUGUUUAUUUAAGCAAAUAUACAAGGCUCUGAGAAGGAAGAUCAACAUACAACUUGGAGUAUUUCCUACAUACAAGGCUGACAUUGGCCUACUUCCUGUCAGUUCCCUCUCCCAGAUGGAAAUUCUAGACAUGGCAGGUGAGGUGGACAAGAAGGGAAAGAAAUUAUAUGCGUAGAACAGAAGGAGAAGAAAGAGUAAAGUCAUGCCUCAGAUAGCCUCUUUGUAGCCCUUUAAACCCUCUGGAUUUAAGAGGGAUGAAGGGUAGAAUAAGGAGAGAUUAAAGCCAAUUAUAAUGCCUUAAAUUUGUGUGAUACAACUUGAAACAUAUUCACACAACUAUAAUCAUGUUUAAAUAUCUUACUAGCUGAGUGAGGUAGCAAAUGAAUAAUUACUUUUUCCAUAUGAUUGAUAAGAAAGCUGAAGUUCAAUGGAGUAAAUUUGUCAGUAGGCCACAGAGUAGGAAAGUGACAAAACUGAGCCUAGGCCUCCAGUUCACUCAAGGACACUUUUAUUAUUCCACACCCAAUUGCUUCAUGCUUAAAGUUGGCAAAACAGGAAGUGAAACUCCUGCAGUUCUCUGUGUGGUUGACACUAGUCAAGGGUUUCUCAACUGAAACCGGGAAUCAUUAAGCCAAUACAUAUGCAUGUAUGUUAUACACACCAAAUGAUUUAUUUAUAAUCCUCUUUCCACAAAGGAAUUGAAGGAGCUUCAAACAAAGGAUGCAUAAACAAUAGAGAUAAUCAACAAUAAGUAGAAAAUCUGGACAUAGAACAAAAAGAGGAGAGAAAGACACUGAGAAUGAGCAUUAACACAGCGUUUCCCUGUUUCUGGUGUUUUGGACAGUGUGCCUUUUGGAGAAAGCAAAAACUCAAAUUCACUACUUAUCAACCAUGUGCCUUGGGCUACGCUUCUCUGAGAGUCUGCUUAGCUCAAAUGUAAAAUGAGAAAAGAAGUAUUAUUUUGUAAGGUUGUUCUAAGGGUUGAAAAUAAUGUAUUAUGUUCAAUACAGGGACACUGUCCUUACGGAUGUGUACUCCUCUAAGACUUGAUAAAGAGGGUACAGGGAGGUCUUCUCAGUAACAGCACUAAAGUAAUUGCUGUUUUCCCAGCCUGUGGAACCACAGAAAUUACUGUAGCUAAAAUUAGGCAUUUCUUUCUGACUCAGUCUCUACUCAUGGGAUUGUCAGAACCCACCCUCCUUCUGGACUCUAUAAACUUUUCAGAAAGUUUAUAGAAAGUUCAUCAGCAGGCUCCUAGAGAGGCUUAAAUGAACUUGCACAAAGUGUGAAGUGAACUGUCUGGGAGAGUGAAAACCAGUCUAAGGCAGUGUAUCCAUCUACUUGUGUGAUAGCGUGAAAGCCACUCAAGUGUUUUGAGGCUCAGGUCUUAAUACACCAAAUGGAGGAAAUAAUACCUUGUUAGCAGACCUUACUUGGUUAAAACAAUAAUGUUGAUAGUUGCAAUAGUUACAUUUAAUUGAUCAAUUGUUUUCUGCAAGGACUUUAUCUGUGCUAUCUCAUUUAGUUUGUCACAUCAAUGAAUUAGGAGGAUAUUAAAGUAUUUCCAAUUUACAAAU